AUGACUCCAAAUCUGCAGACUGCCGCCAUCCCCGCGGCAACAGUCCAGUCGCAUGCUUCUAACCUACUCCAACUAUCCGAUCAGACACUUCUAUGCGCGUGGUUCGGAGGGUCACAAGAAGGCCUCCCGGAUAUUAGCAUCUGGCUAUCUCGGCAAGAGCCCGGCUCAACUUCCUGGUCGGCUCCUCAGAAGAUCUCUUCAGAUACGAACCGAAGCUGCCAGAAUCCGGUGCUCUUUCAAGCAUCCGAGACAGGAGACAUCUGGCUCUUCCAUACGUCUCAAGAUGCCGGAAAUCAAGAUGGAGCUAUCGUCAUGGCCCGUACAUCAAGCGACAAUGGCAAAACGUGGUCAUCGCCCCGCUACCCUCUGAAAGGCGUCACUGGAGUGUUUGUGCGCCAGCCUCUUGUCGUUCUCCAGGAUGGGACUUGGGUCCUUCCGGUGUUCCAUUGCCGAUCGACACCGGGCCAGAGGUGGAUCGGCAACAACGACAUCUCUGCAGUGUUUUCCUCCAGAGACGAGGGCCAAACAUGGACAGAGAACGUGGUCCCUGACAGCAUUGGCUCCGUACACAUGAAUAUCGUUGCACCAAAGAGCCAAGGUUCCGAAUACGUCGCCUUCUUCCGCAGCCGAUGGGCCGACAACGUCUACCGCUCGACAUCGCCUGACGGGCUGAAUUGGACUCCUCCCAAGGCGACGUCUCUACCGAAUCCCAAUAGCGGCAUCUGCGCGGCACGGCUGCCUUCAGGCAACCUGGCCAUCGUGUUCAACCGUUCGGCCGCCGAACCCGACAUGGCCAAGCGAGAGGGCCUCUACGAUGACAUUACACCAGAAGACGAUAAGCGGCCGAACCAGGCAUCGGUGAAUGGAAAGAAUGCGAUAUGGGGAACGCCACGGAAGACGUUGACGGUGGCUGUGUCUGGCGACAAUGGCUUGACAUGGAAGGGAAAGGUCCUCGAGGACGGCGAUGGAUUCUGUAUGACGAAUAACUCGAUCGAGAAGACCAAUCGAGAGCUGAGCUAUCCCAGCAUAUUCAUCGAGAAGGAAGCUGUGCAUAUUGCUUUCACAUUCCAUCGCCAGUACAUCAAGUAUGUGAGAAUAGAAGACAUAGAGGGUUGGCUAGAUGAGGCUUAA